CAGGGAAUCAAGAUGGCUGCGCCCCGUCACAGAUGUGUUUUUCUUUAAAAUUGUGUCUAUGAAGGUGCAUGUGGGAAUCAGUUAAAUAAAACAAGUCACGAUGCUGAAUCUUAGCAAUGAGGUGGUAAAGAUGAGGAGUGAGGUAAAGAAGGUGAAGGUCUUCAUCAUUCGCAAGCUCACCCGUCAGAUGAAUAUGCUCAAAAAGAAGAAGGGCAAAGAGGAGGAAAUGCAGAGGAAUCAGAGGCGGGCAGCAAGACUGUUGGAGGAGAUCCAUGAAAUGAAAGUUAUAGCACCAGACACAGUCACUAAGACCGCCUUGCAGACAGACAUCAACUUUGAGAAGGUGUGUCAGAAUCCACAGGCCAGCAUCACAGAUCGCGCUGUGGCCCGCAUUGCCACUCAUCCUCAGUUCAGCCAAAAGAUCCAGAGCAUCAAGGACCGAAUCAAUGCCUUUAAAGAUGAGAGGACCAGCACAUCAUCAAAGGGAGAGAAAAAGAGUAAACCAGAUAUAACUGAAAAAGAGACCGAGAGACCUGUGGCCAGUGAAGAUGUUCAGGCCACAGCUGGUGAGGUGGAGAAGAUAUUGACAGAGAAACUGGAUGACAAUGACAAUCCUCCAAGUGAAGGCUGUGUUACUAGUACUGAUGAGACAACUGCUUCUCAAACCAGUCAGACAAUGUCAGACAAUGAAGCAGCCACGGUAAAACAGACAUCAACAGAAAGUGAGAAGGUGCCUGUGGAGGUUGUGAAGAUGAGGAAGGAGGUGAAGAAGAUAAGAGUGCUCAUCAUUAGCAAGCUCACAAACCAGACAGAAGUCCUCAAGAGGAAGACAGGUGAGCCAUCCGAGUUGGAGGAAAACAAGCAGAAGAUCAGCAGACUUCUCAAAGAAAUUCAGGUGCUUCGAAGCGUCAAACCAGACCAUGUGACCAUGGCUGCCUUGCAGGAGAAUGCAAACCUGGAGAAAGUGCGUGAGGACCCUGAUGCUAGCCCACUGGAACGAUCCACUGCCCGUAUCGCCACGCAUCCUCGCUUUGUUAAGAGGCUGCAAGCAGUCAAAGAGGCCAUUGAGGAGGAGAAGCGAAAAGCUGCAGAAGCUGAGGAAAAGAAGAAAAGACGCCUUGAGCAGGCCUCUGUACAGAGAGAGAACAGCGAAAACGAGGAGGAGGAUGAUGAGGACCAAGAUGAUGACGAUGAUGAUGACGACGACGACGAUGACGACGAUGAUGAUGAUGAUGAUGAUGGAGAGGAGGGUGAUGAGACAGAAGAGGAUGAUGAGACAGGUGAUAGUGAAGCAGAGGAUGAGGAAGAGGAAAUACUACAUAAGAGACACAUUACUAGUAAAUCUCAGGUAGCUGAAGUGGUCCAGAUAGUUGCAGAUGAAGACAUUUCAAUUAAAGCAACUUCUGCCCCAGUAAAGAAACCUGUAGAAGGAAAACCUGAAGGACAUUCUGUGACCGUUGUGGAUCAGGAAAGCACAUCAAACAUUUCUUCCAUUGUAGACAGCAGUUUCAAACCUGAUGAAAAUACAACGCCCUUGAAUAAAAGCCAUACUGUCUCUCCUGUUCCAAAAAAUAAACCGGUUUCUAAAUCUGUAUGCAAGAGACCAAUAAAUAAAAAUAAAGAGGAAGUAAAAGCAGCAGAGGAUGCUGACAGUGAAAGUGAUUUGGAAUUGUCAGAUGGUGAGGAAAAGCCAUACUUUGAUGACAGCACAGAGGAGCGUUUUCACAAGCAGUCAUCUAUGUCAGAGGAGAGUGAUGACGACGACUUCUUUAUUGGCAAGGUCAGCAAAUUUAAGAAGAAAAAGAAUCUGGCAACUGGUGAGGAAAAAACAAAAGAUGUAAGGAAAAGUGCCGACCAGGACACUGAGCAAGACCACAAACAAGAGGAAAAGGAAACCACAUUCAAGAGAGACUUCAAACACUCUAAAUUUGAAUCCGUCUUCUGCAAUGCCCUUUCAAAGGGUAGAGGUGCCAGAGAUAGAUUUGGUGCCAAACCACCACCACGGUUUCAGAAGCCAACGAGACAGCCAGAGGGAGACUCAGAAGCUCCUUGGGAGAGGAAGCAAAACCAGAACUCUGCACCAAACAGGAAACCAGGGUCGUCCUUCCAGAAUCAGAAGAGCGAUUUCAGUAGUAAUUGGGGACAUAAGGAAAAGGAUUCCUUUGGAGCCAGAAGAGGCAGGCAACCAAAUGACAGUUGGCAGAGCCAGAAUAGGAGCCAGAGGCCACCACCAGGGAAGACCUUUAACUCUUCCAGACAAGCUCCAGAGGCACUGCAUCCUUCUUGGGAGGCCAGCAGAAAGAGGAAGGAGCAGAUGAGUCAAAUCACAGCGUUUCAAGGGAAAAAGAUCAAGUUUGAUGAUUAACUUGUUGUGAUGUAGGAGAUCAUUUUUAUAUCAGAUUAAUUAACAAUAUGUUGGAGACUGUUUUCUGAGCAUUGUAACAUUUGUGGUCAAAACAAGUAGUAUAAUUUUACAUUUGUGUUGUGCUUCUGAAUGUUGGAAUUUGUUUUAUGUUGCUUAAUUUCAUGUUUCAUAACGUUGUCAUUAAACAUGUGUCCUUGUA